AUGACCGUGGCAACCGGCGCGGUGGCGAUCGCGACUUUGACCGGCGCGGUGGCGACCGCGGCUGACGCACCCGAGGCUCGCGACGAGCCGCGGCGUGGUGGCGGCGGCGGGCGCUGGUCCAACGACGACCGGCGCGGCGGCAACCGCGGCGGGAACGACCGUGGCGACGACGACCGGCGCGGUGGCAACCGCGGCGACGACGACCGCGACCCCGAGCGGGCCGGGUCGAACGGCGGCGUCGGCGGCGGCAUGCUCCGCCGCAACAUCCGGCUGGAAAAGGAGCUUUUCCCCAAGUCUUUUGAGGAUGGCCCCAAGACAGUCUCGACAGCUGCCAUCGACUUUGACGUCUACGAGUCGGUGCCUGUCGACGUGACCGGGCCGAACCUGCCCAAGGGCCCGCGCGACGGCAUCACCUUUGCCGAGUUUGUUCUCGCCGACUGCAUCCGCAACUCGGUCGAGCUCUCCGGGUACAAGCGGCCGACGCCGGUCCAGAAGUGGUCGCUCACCAUGUCGGGCUGCGUCCCGUACCUCUCCGAGUACCAGGCAGUGGUGGCGUCGGCGCUCAACUCUCAAGACACCGACGACGCGCUCGCCAUCACGGUUGACUCGUGGAUGCAGGUCAAGCAGGACGAGCUCCGUGAUAUCAUGGCGUGUGCCCAGACCGGUUCCGGUAAGACGGCUGCGUUCCUCAUCCCCAUUCUCAACUCGCUCAUUUUCAACGAGCACCGGUUCCAGCCGCCGUCGCGUGGCAAGGGCCGGUUCAAGCGCCGCGCGUACCCGCGGGCCCUUGUCCUUGCGCCUGUUCGUGAGCUUGCCUCGCAGAUCCACAUCGAGGCUCGCAAGCUGACGUACCGCUCGCGGCUCCGCGCCUGCGUCGUCUACGGUGGCGCGCCUAUUGGCCAGCAGCUGCGCGAGCUCGAGCGCGGCGCCGACAUUGUCAUCGCCACGCCCGGACGCCUCAUCGACGUCGUCGACCGCGGCUCGAUGUCUGUCUCGUCGAUCCAGUUCCUGGUCAUGGAUGAAGCUGACCGCAUGCUCGACAUGGGUUUCGAGCCGCAGAUCCGCUCGAUCAUCGAGGACUUUGACAUGCCCAUCGACAACCGCCAGACCUUCCUCUUCUCCGCCACCUUCCCGGCCGAGAUCCAGCAGCUGGCGCAGGACUUCCUCCAGCAGGACUACGUCUUUAUCCGCGUCGGUGAGGUAGGUGCCUCGGCCGCCCUUGUCGAGCAGCGCGUCAUGCGUGUUCCGCAGCGCGAGAAGCACGAGAUCCUCCUCGACCUCCUCGGAUCGGUCCCGGGCCUUACCCUUGUCUUUGUUGAGACCAAGCGCUCGGCCGACUCGCUUGAGCAGUUCCUCUACGACCAGGGCUUCCGCGCCACCACCAUCCACGGUGACCGCUCGCAGGACGAGCGCGAGGAGGCGCUCCGCACCUUCCGCGAGGGCAUCACCCCGAUUCUCGUCGCCACCGACGUCGUUGCCCGUGGCCUCGACAUCCCCAACGUGACCCACGUCGUCAACUUUGACCUCCCGUCCCACAUCGACGACUACGUCCACCGCAUCGGCCGUACCGGCCGUGCCGGUAAGAAGGGCCUCUCCACCUCGUUCUUCUGCGACUCGAACUACAACAUCGUCAAGGACCUCGUCAAGAAGCUCGAGGAGCACCCCGACCUUAACGACAUCCCGCGCUGGCUCGUCGACGCUGCCUACAACGUCCGCAAGAGUGACCGCAGCAACGGCCGCGGUGGCCGAGGCGGCGAUCGUGGUGGUGGCGACAUCCGCCGUCGCCAGGGUGGCGGUGGUGGCGGCGGUGGCCGCAACGGCGGUGGUGGCCGCGGCGGUCGCAACGGUGGCGGUCGCGGCGGCGGCGGCGGCGGCGGCGGCCUCUCGGCGGCCUUUGAGGCCCGUCACGGCGGCAUCAACCUUCUCGAUGCCGCCAACCAGUCGCUCGGCGGUGGCGGCGGCGGCGGCGGCGGUGGCGGCAGCCGCCGCAAGAGCUCCAACAAGAGCUCCAACAAGGGCGGCGGCGGUGGUGGCAACGCAUCGUGGUGGUAA